UACUCUUACAAGUGAAGAACUGGUUCAGUGUCUUGCUCUCCUCUCAUCUGUCUCUACAUCAGGACUCCAGGUUUUCAAAAAGAAGCAUCAUGGGAAAUCUAUUUUCAAAGAGAUCAGUUGAAGAUGAAGUUAAAGAAGCUCUACUGAACAAUGAUGAAGCCUUAGCUGCUGCAACGAUCCAGGAGUAUUUGGAUGAGGAGAAAAGCAUCCCUCUGAAUAUUGCCGUCACAGGAGAGUCUGGCUCUGGUAAAUCCACCUUUGUUAACGCCAUUAGAGGCAUAGAUGAUGAUGAUGAGAGAGCUGCUCCUACUGGUACUGAAGAAACCACCACAGAGGUCACACCGUACCCCCAUCCAAACUUUCCUAACGUCACAGUUUGGGAUCUUCCUGGUAUCGGCACCGUGAAAUUUCCAGCUGCAAAAUACCUGAAGCUGGUUGGAUUUGAGAAGUUUGACUUCUUCAUCAUCGUCUCAAGUGAACGCUUCAGAGAAAAUGACGUGAAGCUGGCGAAGGAGAUUCAGAAGAUGAAGAAGAAGUUCUACUUUGUUCGCUCAAAGAUUGACAACGACAUACGUCAGGAGGAAAAUAAAAAUGACUUUAAUGAAGAAAGGACCCUCGGACGAAUCAGGGAAAACUGCAUUCAGGGUCUUCGGAAACCAGGUGUGGAGUCUCCUCAGGUCUUCCUGAUGUCCAGCAAUAAGCUUCACCUCUAUGACUUCCCUAAGUUACUGAAGACCCUGGAGGGAGAACUUCCUGAACUCAAGAGGGACGCCUUUCUGAUUGCCAUGCCAAAUAUCAGCCUGGAGAUUAUCGACAGGAAGAGAGAGGCUUUUAAAUCAAAGAUAAAAUACAUUGCUACUCUCUCUGCAGCUGUAGCAGCUGUACCAGUUCCUGGUCUCUCUAUUGCUGUUGAUUUAGGCUUGCUGGUCGGUGCUGUCACUCGAUAUGUAUUUGGCUUUGGUCUCAACACCUCCUCACUAAAGAGGAUGGCCAACUACACAGGUGUUCCUUAUGAGGAAUUGAGGAAAGUCAUUGUGUCACCACUGGCAGCAGAAAAAAUAACUCCUGAUCUUGUUUUGAAGACAUUAAUUCAAACUGCUAGCAUCCCUGCUUUAAUGGCAGCAGAGGAAGGGGCCAGAUUCAUUCCAAUACUUGGAAUCCUAGCAUCAAUGGCCCUCUCUUUUACCCUGACCUACAAAGCUCUAAACAUUUUUCUCAACAAGCUCGCUGACGAUGCACAGAAGGUUCUCCAAAAAGCUCUGGGUUUGACCACCUGAGUGUGAUAUUGAUUUUGUAACGGGGAUGGAACCCCAGUUUAAGUACGAUUGUUCCAGCUGCUGUGUAUGAAACAAAAUUAUGAAUUAAUCAUAUAACCUUUUAAAAAAAACACUUUUAGUUUGAGCAGCACUUUUUAUAGAUUGUUCAUCAGACGAUUCACAGUUGCUUUUUACCAUCCGAUCUAUCUGCAGCUACUUUUCAAAUGUAAACAUUACUAAACAACUUGAAGCUUAAAAGCACAUGAAGACAUGCUUCUUUCUUUUCCUCAUAGUUACUCUUAUUUUUAUAUAAAACAUUUUAUGAUGAAGAAAAACUUUAAAUAUCAGUACUUUGUUCAAAUCAGGUAAGAGGAUAGUUAAUGUCAAGAGAUUUUGUUUCUGUUCUUAAAGAUGUUCUUCAGUUUCAAAUAAAAUCAUGAUAAGGAGCUGAA